CGUGACGUCAUCUCCGGGCGCCCCGGGUAACUGGACUCGGGGUGGGCUUCCAGGGGCUGUAUUUGCGGGAUCGCGGAGGGCGGAAGUGCAGCGGGGGCUCGGCUCCGACCACCUCGCCGGGACUUUCUGCGGCUGCGCGGCCUCUGGGGACUCCGGGCGCGCGCGCCUCUGCGGGACUGGGUGUCCAGUGCCCUGCGCCGCCGCCGCCGGCGGGCCGGAGCCGGAGCCGGAGCCGGAGCCGGUCGUCUUCGCCGGGGCGGAAAGCCGGAGAAGGAGCCGGCGGCGCUUCUGUUUAGCUUUGGUUGAAAAAAGAAUUUAGCCUAUAUGUACUGCUUUAACCACUGGAAGAAUGACAGAUGACAAAGAUGUGCUUCGAGAUGUGUGGUUUGGCCGUAUUCCAACUUGCUUCACCCUGUAUCAGGAUGAGAUAACUGAACGAGAAGCAGAACCAUAUUAUUUACUUUUGCCAAGAGUAAGUUAUUUGACGUUGGUAACUGACAAAGUGAAAAAGCACUUUCAGAAGGUUAUGAGACAAGAAGACAUUAGUGAGAUAUGGUUUGAACAUGAAGGCACACCACUGAAAUGGCAUUAUCCAAUUGGUUUGCUAUUUGAUCUUCUUGCAUCAAGUUCAGCUCUUCCUUGGAACAUCACAGUACAUUUUAAGGGUUUUCCAGAAAAGGACCUUUUGCACUGUCCAUCUAAGGACACAAUUGAAGCUCAUUUCAUGUCUUGUGUGAAAGAAGCUGAUGCAUUAAAGCACAAAAGCCAAGUAAUCAAUGAAAUGCAGAAAAAAGAUCACAAGCAGCUCUGGAUGGGAUUACAUAAUGACAGAUUUGACCAGUUUUGGGCCAUCAAUCGGAAACUCAUGGAAUAUCCUGCAGAAGAAAGUGGAUUUCGUUACAUCCCUUUUAGAAUAUAUCAGACAACGACUGAACGACCUUUCAUUCAGAAGCUUUUUCGUCCUGUGGCUACAGAUGGACAAUUGCAUACUUUAGGAGAUCUCCUCAAAGAAGUCUGUCCUUCUGUGAUUGCUCCUGAAGAUGGGGAAAGAAAGAAUCAAGUGAUGAUUCAUGGAAUUGAGCCAAUGUUGGAAACACCUCUACAAUGGCUGAGUGAACAUCUGAGCUACCCGGAUAAUUUUCUCCAUAUUAGUAUCAUCCCACAACCCACAGAUUGAAGGAUCAACUAUGACAGGAUUUACCAGAGCAUGUUACCCUUCUGCUUCAGUCAGGUUUGGUGGAGGCAACCUGACCAGAAACCCUGCUGCAAGCCAAACAGGAAAAAGAUUCCAUGUCUGAUAAGGGCACUGGGGCUGGUCUUGCUUUGCAUCACCACUGCUUUCCUCCACUGCCGUCAUUAAACCUCAGCUGCGACAGGAAAGACUUUACAGGAUCACUGCAAGUCUUCUGUUUUCUUGUAAAAUAUAAUGAAGCCGAAACCUUUGGCCUAAGAAGAAAAUGGAAAUAUGUGCCACUCAAUUUGUAUUUCUGAUUAACAAAUAAACAGGGGUAUUUCCUAAGGUGACCAUGGUUGAACUUUAGCUCAAGGCAGUGGAAACAUUGGUUUAAUUUUCAAGAGAAUUAGACUUAAGAAAGUAAAAGAGAAAUUCUGUUAUCAAUAACUUGCAGCAGUUUUUUGUAAAAGAUCAAGUUACAGUAAACCCAUCUUUCCUUAAUGAAAAUUUCCUGUUUACAGUCCGUCUAUUGGUAUGCAAACAAUCUUGUAACUUUGAUAAUGAACAGUGAGAGAUUUUUAAAUAAAGCUUCAAAAUAUGUUUUAUCAUUUAA